CUACAUGCACGAAUGGCCACUGAACGCCAAAACUAAGUGAAAGGACUUCAAAGAAACAUCGCCCCCCAAUCUUUGGUGGUAGGAGUGAGCAAGUCGGAGCAUCCAACCGCAGCCAUGGAGGAUGUUUCGGUCAUGUUUGACGAAGGCCGUGUUGAAGUCAAGGUCAACUCCGCGGUCUUGAUGCUGGCUUCCCCGGUCUUCCAUAGCAUGCUGACGCAGACAAUGAAGGAAAGUGAAACCAAGCAGAUCGAGUUGCCAGAUAAGGAUCCUGAGGAGUUCAAGGUGUUGAUGUCCUUCUUGAUCCCCCCAACUGCUCGCCUGCAAAGGAUUUCAGUGGAGAAUGUGGACUUCCUCUUGGUGUGGAGUGAUGAGUACUGCAUUGAUCCAUUGAAGUCUGAAUGCCUUGAGUUUAUCCAGACGCAGCCAGCUUCAAUCCAACGAGUGCUUCAGGCUUAUGCCUUUGACCUACACGAGUACUUGGACCAGUGCAUUCGCGAGCUCCUUGCUGCAAAGACAGAGGAUUGGAGCCCUUGCUACGGGGAGCAGAAACUCGUGCAACAAAUCAUGGAAAGUGCUGUGAAGUUGCUCAUGUCUCAUGUUCAUAAGGAGGGGAAGCUGGACUUUGGCCACCACUUGCAGUGCAUCAAAUGUUCACGCGCCUACAAUGCCGGAUGGCAGUGCUCUCAAUGCAAGUACAAAUAAUGUUGAAGAAGUUGAAGAAUAGUGAAUGCUGGCUCACCUGACUCUAUGCCAUCGGGAUACGCAGGUCCAAUUUAAAUCUCAGAGGCAGACCUGGCAGCCUUUUGUAGAAUGCUCUUGUCCUUUGCAGUCCGAAAGAAUGAUGUGUUCGACAUUGUGUUGCAC